AUGACAGAAGUCCGUCAUAUUGGCAGCCCCCAUGCAGCAGGUAUUCCCCGUGUUGCUCGGAGCGUCGAGUAUCCCAAAUGGUUUGGAGGCUCCGCUUCUUGUAUGGCGGUGGUGGUCUCGCACCCGCUCGAUUUGAUCAAGGUGAGGAUGCAGAUGGGUGGCGGAGCCCGACAAGGAACCGUCAAAACGGCUAUACGAGUGGUGCAGUCUGAAGGACUACGGGGUCUCUACAGCGGACUAUCAGCAGGGCUCACACGCCAAUUGACAUAUGGAUCGGUGCGGAUAGGAUUGUAUGAGACCAUCAAAGAACAUGCCAAAGCAAACAAUAUCUCAAUGUCCCCGCCAGUACUUGCUUUGACAGCAGCCAUGACGGGAUUCAUAGGCGCCAUCUUCGGCACGCCAUCCGAUAUUGCCAACAUCCGUAUGCAGAAUGACCGGUCGUUGCCUCCAGCUGCGCGGCGGAAUUAUAGGCAUGUUGUGGAUGCGUGGGUACAGAUGAAGAGACGCGAAGGAUGGCGCGCGUUUACCCAAGGGAUCUGGCCGAACUGCUUCCGUUGCGGAUUCAUGACAAGUUCCCAACUUGCAUCAUACGACACUUUCAAAAACAUAUUGAUGAGAGUUGCGAAUACCAGCGGGGACCAUCCGGCAAUCCAUGUCUCGGCGUCGUUACUGGCUAGCUUGGUGGCUACGACUGUAUGCAGCCCGAUGGAUGUGGUCAAGACACACCUGAUGGAAUCAUCCGGCAAGAGCACAACCCUCGGCAUCGUUAAGGAGCUCACCAGGAACGAAGGACCAAAAUGGAUUUUUCGGGGCUGGACUCCUAGCUUUGUACGAUUAGGACCGCAGACCAUUGCCACCUUGGUACUCCUGGAGCAGCACAAGCGAGUAUACCGCGUCCUCGGGCAACCGUCGUUCGCAUAG